AUGUCAAAAUGUGACCGUGUGGUCAUCUUCUUAGACAUUGAUGGUGUACUUCUUCCAGUACCUCGCUUUACCUUUGGUGGGGGUGAUUUAUCUGAACAGAGUGUUCAGUUUUUUCAAAAAAUUGUUGAGGGUUGUGGUGGGGCAAAUAAGGUGAUAAUUAUUCUCUCUUCUACGUGGAGAAAUUUUCCUGAACAAGUUCAACGAUUAAAUAGAUUCUUUGAAAAAGUAGCAGGAGAUCAUGUACCCCCAGUUACUGGUGGUACACCUAACGGAACUCCUAAAGUUACUCAAGUUACAUAUUAUGCGGAUGAUUUAUCAGAGCAACGGCUUGUACGGGAUCGUGUGGAUGAAAUAAAACGAUGGAUUAACACACAUAUUCAUGAUUACCCUGAAGCUAUUGGUGGGCGGUGGUUAUCUAUUGAUGACAUGCAACUUGAUGUUGAUGAACGUAUGUGUGGACAUUUUUUAAAAACUGAGACAGAAGUUGGACUUACAGAAGAAAGUGUUACUCGUGCACUUGAUAUUAUUAAAUUAUUUCCAACUCCAGAAAUAGCGGCCCAAAAGGCAGCCGCCGCGGCAAUAGAUCCCGUAUUAAAAGAUGAAGAAAUUGAAAUUUUAGAAACACGUUGUAGUGGGUUAACAAAAAGAGUAGAAGAAUUAGAGGAAGAGUUACAUCAAGCACGUGCUGAAAUUCAUCAACUUCAAAUACAACGACGUGAAUGGGAACGAGAACAAAAAGAGAUGGGACGACGUUUUGAAGAUGUUAGUUAUCGUCUUGCCCAAUAUGACUUUGCGAAAAAGAAUGAUGUUCUCCGUCUCGCCCUAGAAGCUCUCACCACACCAACAGGAACAGGAACAAAAACAACAACAACAACAGGAGGAGGAAAUGACCGUCGGGAGUUAGAACAACAUAUAAAGACACUGGUUAAUCUCUUACGACGAAGACGGGAAUUAGAGAAAACACUACGAAAGAGUCGAAUGAAGGCAAAAAUGGAAGAGAAAAAAGAUGCUACCGCAAAGUAA